AUGCCUCGUCGAAGGCGUCCUGCUCGUCCCGGUGCUCUCGCUGAUCUCGCGCCAAAACGAAUCCUCGCCCAGAUCGUCAUCCUCCAACUCCUAUACUACGCCGUCGCAGCUGCCUUGAUCCUGUUCACCACCCUGGUCGCAGGCAGAGAAGUCACAGCAGAUCUCCUCCUCAGCUGGCGAACUGUCCGAAGCGAUGUCACUACUGGAUGGAUGCUUGGUCUCUGCUGGAUGAUGGACAGCAUGAUUUGGUAUGUCACAACGUGUUCUCAACUGCAUACCUCUCGCCUUGCUAACAACUUGCGCCAANNCAGUGUCAUCUUCCUGCUGCUCUUCAUCGCCCGAUCCAAACUCGUCCCUGACUUCGCCGUAACCAUUCACGUCAUCAACCUCGUCGUCACCACCUUCUACACCAAAGAGUUGCCCACUCAAAUCUUCUGGUGGGGCCUCCAGAUCUCCAGUACCGCUCUCAUGAUCUUCCUCGGCGUCUGGGCCUGUCAGUGGAGAGAACUGAAACCUAUAUCCUUUGGCGGAAAACCAAAACCGUCUGCCGCUACCACUGACCCAGCCGCUGUCGAGGAGGGCGAUGGAUUUGCAAGAGANGGGAGGGGUGCAGGAAGAGACGGAGCUGGCGCAUACGAAAUGGUCAACAUGUCCGAAAGAGACCACGCUGCAUGA